AUGGCAUCUCCACUCUCUAGCAGCUCAUCCAGAGGCUGUACUAGUCCUCAGGAUGGGACUGACAGUGAAAUCAUGGAGUGUGCCCAAAGGCAGCCCAGUGUGAAGCAACCAAGUGUCCCAACUCAGGUGACUACCCGUGAAACAGAAGGGGCCAGCAAGAAAUGGAGAGGAUCCAUGAUGACUGUAUUAACUAAGGCACUAAAGCAAAAACUUAUCUCCCAAAGUGGUCGUAAAUUCACUAGUACUGCCUGUGGUUCCAUGCUGGAGAAGGAUCUUGAAGAUCUGCCCAAUCCUUAUGAAAACUCUGGCAUUUUGUCACUUUGGGAUACUGAGGAACCAAAUAUAGAGGAUGAAUACAGGGGCAUUUUUGAAGUUUUGUGCAACAGCAACUAUAUUAAAGCCUGUUUCCAAAAGCAUUUCCCACCUAUCACUGGAGAGGACAACUUGCCAGUGUCUCCUCUAGAUAUUCAAGUUUCUAAUCUGGAAGCAUUUAUUAAAGAAACAUUGGGAAACAGUGACUGGGAAGAAAUGAGCCCUGGACCAACUUUUCUCAAAGAGGACCCUGUGGAAUGUCAAAUGGGAGAGUUUAUCGAGUUGAAUUCUGAAAGAGAUGAGGAAAGUAAUAAUGAAAAAACUGACAUACCAUUGUCAGCCCAGAAGCAAAGGAUUCUGAAAGAUUGGAAAUGGGAGAUAAACAAACUCAUAAAGCUUUCAAAUGAAUUGCCAUCAAGAGAUGCAAGAGCCAGUGACAGUUCCCAGGAGGAAGCAAUUGACCAAUGGGCCAAAAGACGGAAGCAGUAUAAAGAAAGCAAAAAGUGCAGCUCAACUGGAGGGAGUUCAUAUGCCAGUAACAUUACUGAAGGAUCAAUUACUUCAGAGGAUGGUCACUCAGUGGAUCUUGGUAUGCGAAAUGAAAUUGAGGAGAAAGGAUUCUACACUGAGAAUUUUCAUUCGGCAUCAUGGGUUUUCAGAGGAGAUGAUGAAAAUCCUGAAAAUAGUCCUAGAUGUCUUAGUAAAAAACCCCAACCAGUAGCUGUUCGGGAACGGACUGUGAGAAUAUCCAAAGGAACUGGUGAUUAUCCUUGGGGAUUCCGCAUUCAAUUCUCCAAACCGAUCUUGGUGACAGAAGUGGACACUAACAGCACAGCUGAAGAAGCUGGGCUCCUGAUUGGAGAUAUUGUGCUGGCUGUCAACGGCACUGAUGUCACCAGUGUUGCACAUUCAGAAGCUGUGAAUCUUGCAAGAAAAGGCCCAGAUGUUCUAACCUUAGUGGUAGGAUCAGACAUCAGUCGCUGUCCCAACACCCCCUGGCCUACCUGUCGUGGCUACCUACACAAAAGGACUCACUCAGGGUUCCUGAAGGGUUGGAGGAAGAGGUGGUUUGUACUGAAGCAUGAUGGUUAUCUUCUCUACUACAAACAGAAAAAGGAUGAAGGAAAAUGUCGGCCACUGGAUGUAACAAAAUUAGAAGGUGCAGAAAUUGAAAUAGACAGCAGCUUGGGCAAACCAUUUGUGUUUAAAUGUGUGCCCCAAUCUGGAACCAGGACUUUUUGCCUCUGUGCCACCUCAAACCAAGAGAUGAAAAGGUGGCUAGAAGCAAUGGACAAAGCUGCACAUCCUGUCUGUCAGAAUCAUGUCUGGAUAGAUGUAACACUACACAACAGCAGUCUUCCACCCUUGGCCAUCAAGAAUCCAGAGUGUCUAGGUCUCCUACACCAGCUGGAUAGGGAUCAGGAUGUUUGGGCCCAAUAUUACUGCAUUCUGAAGGAUGGCUGUCUGUAUUUCUACGCCAGCAUUCGCUCCACUCAGGCCACAGGUGGACUGUACCUUCAGGGGUAUAGUGUGAGUGAACAGGUCCUUAGCUUCAAGCAAUCUGUUAUUGAACUUAACCCACCAUCUGAAGAGUUGAAGACUUUUUACUUCUGUGCAGAGAAUGAAACAGAAAAUAAGCGUUGGAUUACAGCGUUGAAAGCCUCCAUUCGAAAAUGGCUCCCUUUGCACCAAGCCAUUGAAGACUUCAUGAACCGGCCUUUGGAGGAAACCAGAAUGUGA